UUUAUCAUCAUUUCUCAUCCUAUUUAAUUGUUCAUCAUCAUCAUCAUCAUGAGAAUCAACAAUGAACAUGGGAUGAGGAUGAUAAAUAUACAUAUAGAAAGAGAACUCACUUAACCAUAUCAUCCUCAUCACCUUUUUCUCAUCUCCCUCACAAUUUAUCAUCUCCCAUUUAUCCUCAUCUCGAUUCUUACAAACUUUUAAUUCAUUUGAUUCGUAAUUAAAUCACCAACAAUCAAUUUCUAAUCCUUAAUCGUUUUAAUCGUUCAAUCAUCGUUUCGACUAAUUGAUGUUUACAAGAUUAAUUGUGCUAAUUGUUUCAGUUUUGGUGAUAUGCUUUGUGAUUAGUGGUUCAAAUUAAAGUUAAUUACAAUUUUCCACUGGUUGAUUAACCAUCGAUCAUGAACAAUUUGCUAAUCAUGGUUCCAUUGGUUUCGUUUCUUGCCGCUCUCCGAAUAUUAUCUGAAGCAACAAGUUGUAAUAAUGGGCUAGGGAAAUUGGCAUUCGAAAAAAUUUCGGACCACCGUUUAAGUGGAUCUUCAAAUACAAAUUUUGGAAAUAAAGGUGAAAGAGAGUUGAUCACUAGAAGUGAAGCUCCAAUUAAGGUGCUCGAAGAGUGUCUUCGUCGGUGCCAAGAAGAUAAAGUUUCGGUCAUCGAAAAUUGUUUGUCCUUUGACUUUGCCCCCGGGGCUCGUCGAUCGUCACCUUUUCAUUCAAAUGACCAAAACGGAUUAAAUCAUCCUGGAUCAGGUCGAUUGUCGGCUGAAUAUGAGGAAUCACAAUGUAUCCUCUAUGGAGAUCGUGCUAGUCCUGAUGGAGGUGAAUCGCUAGUCAAACAAGACAACGCUUGGCACUUUAACGAAGUCUGUCUUAAUUCUCAAAAAUUAAAUGGCGACUGUUCCAAUCGUUUGUAUACAUUUGAACGAAUCCCUGGAUUUAAAUUUGAAGGAACCAAAGAUAAAGAAAUUUUCACUUCUAAUCGAACUGAAUGUUCAGAUCGUUGUUUAGAUGAGGCCGAAUUCCCGUGUAGAUCAGCUUCCUACGAUCGAACCAAUUCAAAGUGUCGCUUAAGUCGAGAAACUCGAUCAUCAAAUUCCAGAGCAUUUACAAUUGAUUCUAAUUCUGAUUAUAUGGAAAAUAUGUGUCUCAAAGGGUCGGAAAUUUGCUCGUCAACUGUUUCCAUCAUUGAACCAGGUAAGGAAUUGGAAGGUCAAUUUGAACGGGAUUUACUUACGGCCAACGAUCUGAACGAAUGUUCAAAUUUAUGUAAACGGGCACUUGAGGAAAAGGGUUUCAUGUGCCGGUCAUUUAACUACGAUGAUCAAGGUAAAACUUGUAUUCUUUACGAUGAAGAUCCAGCUCUUCAAUCAGAAUUAAAUGGUGACCUGAACCCGUCGUCGAAUCAAAUUAAUCGUCGACCAUUGAAACAAUCAGCUGGUAAUUACUACAGAGUUUUAUGUGUCGACUCAGAGAGAGACGCUGCAAUGUCCAAUACGACACUUGAAUGUUAUCGUCGUAAACGAUUAGAUGGUCCACAUGAGGUCGAAAUUACUGCCUAUUCUUUUUAUAAUUGUCUCGAAGAGUGUACCCGUCGGUACUCUCGAAAUUGUAAAUCGGUUGAAUAUUCAUCUUCGACGAAAUCGUGUCGAUUUAGUUCCGGAGAAAUGGCGGAUAUGUGGCAUUCGAACCUUGUUGAUGAUCCAUCUUACGAUUAUUACAAAUUCUUAUGGCACCGUACAAUGGAUGAGAAUCAAAUUUUCUCAGGUCAACAUCAAAUCGUUCAAGCACAAAUGUCUCCCUAUGGAUAUAAUUUCCCUGCCCCUGGUUUACCUGGUUUCUCACCUGAGCAUCAUGGUCCACCUCAGAUUCCUGGGUCACCUCUUCAUCCUGGUCAACCCAUGAGACCAAUGGGAGUUUCACCGAUAGCACCAGCGGGUGCACCAGGUUGGCCUCAAACACCACAAUCUUUAUGGAGAGGUGAUGAUCAUCAUCGCGGUGGUUAUGGGUUUGAAAGGAAUCAUCCGAGUUUCACCUUUAAUCCAAAUCAACAUGAUUUCCGGAUUAAACAGGCACAAUUUCCGGUUAAUCCUUACAAUAGUUUUGCUCAUCGUAACUAUCCACCUAUGCAAUCAGGAUCUCCACAAGGUUAUCCUUUCGGCCUUCCCCCUGGUCAUCCCAAUCAACAUGGACCUUCAAGUGUUUCCUCAUCCGUCACAAUUAACGGUAAUUCUGGUUCACCUUCAUCUUCAUCAUCAUCUUCAUCAUCUUCACAAGGUUCACCUUCCUCAGGCUCUUUAUCCCCACCACCAAGUUUAAUGGGUCCACCGAUACCACCAAGUCACAUUAUCCCUUAUCAUUCAAUCGGGUUACCUGUUCCUCCUCCGUCAGCACUUCCGGCAGGAAUUCAUGCCAACAGUAUUGUCCCUCCGCCUCCACAACCACAGCCUGCACCUUUUGCUCAUCCCCCAUUCUUUCAAGAUCGUUGUAAAUUCAAUCCCGCCAAUGGUCCUCCCGGUGUAGCGGGUGCUCUUGUUGGUCCACCUGCAAGUGGAAUUGGUAAUCGAUUCAAUCGUAUUGGCUUUGGAACGCGACUCAGAAGUACUUAUAUCUUUAAAAUAGUUCGAGCCGAGCGAUUGGAAGACUGUGAGAGACAGUGUGUUGAAUCGCGUGAUUAUCUUUGUGCAUCAUUCAAUUUCCGUGGUUUCUUUGCUGCCGAUAAUUGUGAACUCUCACAAUACGAUUCGAAACAAUUUAAACUCGAUAAUCCGGCUUACUUUGAACAAGCGACACAAUUUGAUUAUUAUGAGCGAGAUGGUUUCGGUGCUGGUGGCCUAGGUUUUCCCGCUGAGUGUCUCGAAGUGACACAAACUUGUACUCCGGAGGGAAUGGAGUUCACACUUAAAACGCCUGAAGGUUUCUUUGGACGUAUCUACACUUAUGGAUUUUACGAUUCUUGCUUCUAUGAUGGUAAUGGUGGUUCGGUCUCAGUGCUAAGGAUAUCACGAGCCAACGGGUUCCCACGAUGUGGUACUCAACAGUACGGCGAUGCAAUGACCAAUAUCGUGGUUGUACAGUUCAACGAUUAUGUUCAAACGAGUCGAGAUAAAAAGUACAAUUUGACUUGUUACUUUUCGGGUCCCGGUGAGGCCGUUGUCACAUCAAACUAUUUGGACACUAAGACUGACGGGCGAUACCCAACACAAAUUGAACAUUUACCAGCCCAGAAUAUUCUGACCUCGAAUGUGGUUCUUCGUAUUCUUUACCGGGGAACUCCGACCAAUACCAUCGUUGUCGGUGAUCUAUUGACCUUUCGAUUAGAGGCCCGAGGUCAAUAUCGUUACGAUUACUUCAACAGCGACAUUUUUGCGACGAAUGUGAUUGCCAAGGAUCCAUACACUGGUCGACAAGUACAUCUAAUUGAUUCUCGAGGAUGUCCAGUUGAUCUUUACGUUUUCCCCGAACUCCACAAAACUCCGGACGGAGCAUUGGAAGCGGAAUUUUAUGCAUUCAAAAUUCCCGAUUCAAAUUUCCUUGUUUUCCAGGCCACAGUCCGAACAUGUAGAGGACCUUGUGAACCGGUGAUCUGUUCUGAUCGAGGUCGAGGCCCAGGUUCAUUUCCUUCAUGGGGAAAACGACGACGACGUCGAGGAAUCUCAGAUUCUGAGAGUAUCAAUGUAACAACAAAUUACCUUCGAGAAGGUGACGAGGCACCAAUAGAAAAUGAUUCCGAGUCCACUAAUUCAACGGGCGACGGAGAAGAGGAAGUUCAUGAAUUGUUACGAGUUUACCUUUCGAGAGCCGAUAUUCCCUCACCCGAGUCCAAGCCAUUGGUGAUGGUCGAAGCGCCCAAAAUAUGUGUCGCAUCUUCCGGUUAUUAUGCUUUAAUCACAACGAUCACAAUUCUGGUUUCCAUUAUAAUCGCAAUGUUAAUUGCAGCAUUUUUAGUCUUCAAACAAAGUAAAAGACUCUCACUAAAUCAAUCGGGAGGUUUAAACGGUUCGGCUCAACUUUGUUCAAAUUUGUACGUUACACCGAUGGCGAAAAACAGUUCCGCCGGAGGCUGUUCUGAUUUCGAUGAUCCUAGUGAACCAAUUUACACCGAUCCCUCGUUGUUUGAGCGAUCUCGAAGCCUACGAAGUGUGACCUUAACUACCUGUGGUAAAGGCGAUUCUGGAUUCAUCGUUGAUCACCAUUAACGAAAAUCAAUCAAUAAUAACUCACCAGAAUUUACUAAUCUUUCCCUAAUCACAAUUCAAUUUAGUUCAUCGUCUUUUCAAUCACCACAAUUUUCCUAAUAUUCUGAUUAAUAACAAUUCCAAUAUUAUGUCAACAAUUACUGAACAUUGAGACUCGAUAUAUUAAUUAUACACCAAUAGAAGUUUAAAUUUUUCAUUUCAAUUUAUAAAUAAACAAUUAAAGACAAUUAAAAUAUUCUCA